AUGGAAGCUGUUGUUGUUCUGGCUCUGUUUGGGUUGGCACUGGGUCGGGACACCCACACCUACUCCUGGCACGGCCCAGGAGCAACACCACCACCUGUGCCGGAUAACCUGUGUAUGACUGACCAGACGACCUGCAGCUGCUGCCUGAUGCAGCGGCGUAUGUGGCAGAUGCAGCAGCACUUCAACUCCAGCGCAACAGAGCUGCAGCAGCAGAUGGAGCAGACCCAGAGCAUCCUCAACAGCUACAAGGAGAGCCGCACUGCGUUCUCCGUGGCGCUGACGAACUGGCGUCGCUGUGUGGGCCCGGCCCGGACCGAGAUCGACGUGGCCUACCAGGCGGUCUUCCUGAACAUGGGCGUGGCGUACGACCCCAGGACCGGCGUGUUCACCGCGCCCCAUUCCGGCGUCUACAGCGUGGCCGUGACGGUGUUCAGCGACGCCGGCUCGCCCGGCUCCCUGCUGGCCGCCUGCGCGCGACUGAGUCGCAACAGUGUGCCGCUGGCCGGCCUGCGGGAGAAGAACCACGAGGACCAGGAGGACACGGCCAGCGUGGUCCUCACCGUGCAGCUCCGCGCUGGGGACCAGGUGUCUGUCAGGCUGCUCCCUGGCUGCUACCUGUGUGAUGACCAGAAUCACUACAACACCUUCAGUGGCUUCAUGCUGUACACAACAGAAUAG